AUGCCAUUUCCCCAAUCCUUAGCACAAUUUGCUAUUAAUCGUCGACAUUCUCAACCAAAUAAUGGGGGUGGUUGUCCAACAAAAUCUUCACUUUCUUCAAAGCUUUCAAAAAAUUCUAAUAAAAAGCCUUCCUCCCCUAUACCCCCACCACUAUUACCUCCUCCAACUUCCCCUCCCCCUUCUCCUCUUCAAUCAGAGCUUCCUCAACAAAAUAAUAAUAUAAAUCCUAAUAGCCAUGUUCGCCUUCUUCGUGGUCGUCGUGUUUUUCGUGUUGUUCGUCGGUUAGCAAUAAUGUUGAUUUUCUUGGGAGAGAAAUAA